AUGUCUGCCCCGUCGGCCCUUGUGGCUGGCGCUCCUCCAUCCAUGCCUGCCGGCAGCCAUGAGAUACGAGACUACUACUCCGACCAAGGCCCACCUCGGCCGCUACCACACACUGCACCAUCCAUCACACCCUACCUUGGCCUCCGGGCUCGAUUAUCACAGAUAUGGCUCAAUCGAUGGACCAUACUCCUCCUACUUAUUCUGGCUCGCACCCUCAUCGCAAUCUCGGGGAUUGACAGCAACCUGGGUUCUGCACGACGCGAAGCACUGUCCGCCUGUUCCGACGUCGAGUCGAUGGGGUCCGCCAUGGCUUCUAUGCCUCACUACAUGUCUCAGGGCGUGAACGAAGUGGCGGCCUCCGGGAUCGAAAAGUCGGUCAACGGUCUGAUUCAGAUGACCACCAUGAGUGUCACGGCAGUGGAAGAGAUUGUGGUCUUCGUGAUAGGCAUGAUGACCAACACCUACCUUUGUCUGAUCACUUUUGCUGUCAGCGGCAGCUUGCACUCCGUCAUCGGAACCCUCGACUCUGCUCAAGAUGGUCUCAACAAACUCACCCAAAAUCUCGGGAAUGACUUGUCGGGCGCUGUCAAAACAUUCGAGGAUGCCUACAACAGUUUCAUCGGUAAACUCGAGAGCUUUAUUGCCUUCGGCCAAACUGUUGACCAGCCGACUCCUCUCAAUCUCACCUCCGAAAUGAAUUCGCUGAAAAAUCUCAAACUACCAGCCAACCUUGACGCCGACCUGCAGAAACUCAACAACUCUAUUCCUACCUUUGCCCAGGUCAAGAAUUUUACGGAAAGCAUCAUCCGCCUCCCCUUUGAAGAAGUCAAACAGCUCAUGAACGAGUAUGUGGGCAACUACACCUUCAACAGAUCCUUGUUCCCGGUUCCCGCAAAAGAACAACUUACAUUCUGCAGUGACAACGACGGGAUCAAUGACUUCUUUGACGGUCUGGUCGAUGUGGCUGCUCUCGCACGCAGAAUUUUCAUUGGCGUGCUGCUUACCUUAGCACUCCUCGCCAUGGUCCCGAUGGCGUGGCGCGAAAUCAAGCGAUGGCAGAAAAUGCAACAGCGCAGUCAAUUGAUCAAUUCUGACGCUCGUGACUCUUUGGACGUUGUCUACCUGGUCAGCCGCCCUUACACCUCGGCAGCUGGAAUCAAGCUAUCCAACACAUUCCAGUCUCAGCGCAAAAAGGACCUGGUUCGUUGGGUCGUUGCAUACGCCACCUCUGACGCUGCCUUGUUUGUGCUGGCUCUCGCCAUAGCAGGUUUGUUCUCUUGUGCCUGUCAAGCUAUCCUGCUCCAUGCUCUGGAAAAGGAAGUCCCAGACCUCACGAAUCAAGUGGGUGCCUUUUCUGACAAGGUGGUUGCGCAACUCAACAACGCAUCCGAACAAUGGGCUAUUGGCACCAAUGCAGCGAUUGCCGCCACAAGCAAGGACAUCAAUCAAAAUAUGCUGGGAUGGGUCAACACAUCCACGAGUGCGAUCAAUGACACACUAAACACAUUCGUGGAUGAAACGACAAAGGUUCUCAACACCACAUUUGGCGGGACUAUACUGUACGACCCUAUCAUGGAAGUUCUCAACUGCCUGAUCUUGCUCAAGAUCCAGGGAAUCGAAAAGGGUCUCACUUGGGUUCAUGAUAAUGCGCACAUCGACUUUCCCCUACUUCCGAACGAUACUUUCAGCCUUGGCGCCGUCGCCAGCCUGGCGGACUCGAGUAACCCCUCGGACUCUUUUCUCGCGAGUCCAGGGGACACCACAAGCGACAAGAUCUCCGAGGCCGUCGCAAGGUUUAUCGACGAAGUGGAGGAUACAAUCCGGACGGAAGCGAUCAUUUCAACGGUCAUUCUGCUCGUCUGGGUUUCAGUGGUGCUUAUGGGCAUCGUCCGAGCGCUGAUGCUUUGGGGUAGACGUAAUAAGGUCCGUGGCGAAGGCGGUGCGCCAGCAUUCCCCUCGAGCCUUGGAACAAGUAGUGGCUCUCGCAUUGACGACCAAGGGCGACAUGCUGAAUUUGUGGACAUCCCACUAGGCAAUGUCAACAAUCCACGACCAAUGUCACCGGCGCCACAGUACACUCCCCCAAAGUACACUCCUCCCGAGAAAGCCGAAGUAUUUGAGGAGAACUAUCAAGACUCCAAGCUGGGAUUUGCGAGGCAUCGAGUGUGCCAAGAGUCGGAGCAGUCGCAGAUGGAUAGCAAACAUGGAGGCAUCUGGAAUAGAGCCUAA